CGGCGUGCUCCAACACGCCGACGGCGCCAGGUCGCGGCAGCCAUUUUGUUCCGCCAGAGGAGCCCCUAAGAUGGCGGUGGGGGAGACGGUGAAGGUUGCUGCCCGCCCGGCCGGGCUGUGAUCCGCCGUCUCUCCCCGUCUCCCGGCGGCCGGCCCAUGGCCUGGCGGAGGCCCGCACCAUGGACCUCCGCACCGCCGUGUACAAUGCGGCCCGCGACGGCAAGCUGCAGCUGCUCCAGAAGCUGCUCAGCGGCCGGACCCGGGAGGAGCUGGACGAGCUGACCGGCGAGGUGGCCGGCGGGGGGACGCCGCUGCUCAUCGCCGCCCGCUACGGCCACCUGGACGUGGUGGAGUACCUGGUGGACCGGUGCGGCGCGAGCGUGGAGGCCGGCGGCUCGGUGCACUUCGAUGGCGAGACCAUCGAGGGCGCGCCGCCGCUGUGGGCCGCCUCCGCCGCCGGCCACCUGGACGUGGUGCGGAGCCUGCUGCGCCGCGGGGCCUCGGUGAACCGCACGACGCGCACCAACUCCACGCCCCUGCGCGCCGCCUGCUUCGACGGCCACCUCGAGGUGGUGCGCUACCUGGUGGGCGAGCACCAGGCCGACCUGGAGGUGGCCAACCGGCACGGGCACACCUGCCUCAUGAUUUCCUGCUACAAGGGCCACCGCGAGAUCGCCCGCUACCUGCUGGAGCAGGGCGCGCAGGUGAACCGGCGCAGCGCCAAGGGCAACACCGCCCUGCACGACUGCGCCGAGUCCGGCAGCCUGGAGAUCCUGCAGCUGCUGCUGGGCUGCAACGCCCGCAUGGAACGCGACGGCUACGGCAUGACCCCGCUGCUGGCGGCCAGCGUGACGGGCCACACCAACAUCGUGGAGUACCUCAUCCAGGAGCAGCCGGGCCAGGAGCAGGCCGCCGGGGGAGAAGGUCCCUCCACCAGCCAGGGGUGUGUGCAGCCCCAGGGGGCUCAGUGCUGCAGCUCCUCCCCGGAGGAACCAGCAAACGGUGAAUCUUACGAAAGCUGCUGCCCCACCAGCCGAGAAGCUGCCGUGGAAGCCUUGGAAUUGCUGGGAGCCACGUAUGUGGAUAAGAAGCGAGAUCUGCUGGGGGCCCUUAAACACUGGAGACGGGCCAUGGAGCUGCGCCACCAGGGGGGCGAGUACCUGCCCAAGCCCGAGCCCCAGCAGCUGGUCCUGGCCUAUGACUACUCCAGGGAGGUGAACACCACCGAGGAAUUGGAAGCGCUGAUAACCGACCCGGAUGAGAUGCGCAUGCAGGCCCUGCUGAUCCGGGAGCGCAUCCUCGGCCCCUCCCACCCGGACACUUCCUAUUACAUCCGGUACCGGGGCGCGGUGUACGCCGACUCCGGCAAUUUCGAGCGCUGCAUCCGCUUGUGGAAGUACGCCCUGGACAUGCAGCAGAACAACCUGGAGCCCCUGAGCCCCAUGACCGCCAGCAGUUUCCUCUCCUUUGCCGAACUCUUCUCUUAUGUGCUGCAGGACCGGUCCACCAAGGGCAGCCUGGGCACACAGAUCGGCUUCGCAGACCUCAUGGGGGUGCUCAGCAAAGGGGUCCGGGAAGUGGAGCGAGCCCUGCAGAUGCCCAAGGAACCCGGGGACUCAGCCCAGUUCACCAAGGCUCUGGCCAUCAUCCUGCACCUGCUCUACCUGUUGGAGAAAGUGGAGUGCAGCCCCGGCCAGGAGCACAUGAAGCACCAGACCGUGUACCGCCUGCUCAAGUGUGCUCCCCGGGGCAAGAACGGCUUCACCCCUUUGCACAUGGCUGUGGACAAGGAGACCACGAACGUGGGCCGCUACCCGGUGGGCAGAUUCCCCUCGCUCCACGUGGUCCAAGUGCUGCUCGACUGCGGGGCUGACCCGGACGGCAGGGACUUUGACAACAACACUCCGCUGCACAUAGCAGCCCAGAACAACUGCCCGGCGAUCAUGAACGCCCUGAUCGAGGCGGGGGCCCACAUGGACGCCACCAAUGCCUUCAAGAAAACGGCCUACGAGCUGCUGGACGAGAAGCUGCUGGCCCGGAGCACCAUGCAGCCCUUCAACUACGUGACCCUGCAGUGCCUUGCAGCCCGGGCCCUGGACAAGAACAAGAUCCCCUACAAGGGCUUUAUCCCAGAAGAGCUGGAGGCUUUCAUUGAACUGCACUGACCUGCCCAGAGCGUUUGCGCCUGCGAGGGGAGGAGGCGGGGAGGUGCGUGGCAGACGCCCGUUCUUGCCGUCUCCAAACAGGCCGGAAUCGGAGGAGGGCUCUUCCACCUCCCGUCCCCUUCACCUGCGGGCAGAGGGGAAGGAGUUCGUGAGCCGCUGGUGCUAGAAGCCCUCAGGAUCAUGCGCUAGGAGGACUGUCUUUCUCUAGGAGCCCAGCCACACGUCCCGAAUUGGGAGAAGACCCAAGACCUUCCCUGUAUCCUGUCUGCCCGGGUUUCCGAGGCCUUCGCCUUCUUACCUAGAGGCCGAGGGAAUAAAGCCGUUGCCUUCCUUCCGUGCCACAAACGCAGGAAGAAGUUGAGAACCGGUCUGCCUUCCCCCGCCUCUCACGUGGCCAGAUGAAUCCAGCUGCCACAUACAGUGUCGGGACUGGGGUUUCCCAAGGUCGAGAGUUCGAAAGUCAAGAAGCAAAGACCACCUCUCAUUUCUUCCAGCCCUGCUCCUGCGUCCCCGCGGUCGUGGGUGUGCGGGCAGGGCUCUGCCCAGGGCAGCCUGCCGCUUGCAUAGCUUUCAGUUGGUUUGGUGUUCUGUUUAUUUCAUAAGUGGGCAGGUUACAGGCGUUGCACAGAAGUUCUGAGAUUUUACCGCCUUUUCUUUUCUUUUUUUUUUUUUAAGAAUUCAUUUGUCAGACUCUUAUGUAAGUUAACUUGAAGCAGUGAGGAUUUCGUGGUGCCUGAGUUGGCUAAGGCCACAGGGAGGGAGCGAGCUUUACCGUAUGAGGCAUUUGCCGAGAGGGACAAGCCCAUGGUCGUGGUCCCUAAGACACGGGUGGUCGUAUGUUUUUACAAAACUUCACUCUUCUGCCUCUCGUAGGCCUCCCAUCUUCCGUUGGAAAGAGAACCGUUCUUGCCAAAGGAGUGACAUCAAAGCCUGACGGCGGUUUGCCACCCAGCAGGCAGUGACACGGUUGGGUUGGGUCUGGGUUGCCGCAGUUUCCAAGUUCAGACUGCAGGCCGCUCAGCCCCGCCGAUCUGACGAUCUCUCCUUUCGUCGUGGGCACGCGCACAGGUGGCCUGAGCCAUCGUGUCGGCUGCCCCGUCGAGGACGGGAAUCUUCCCGAGAAAGGCCCAGCCAGAGCUAACUCGGUAAAUCGCUGGCUGGGACGGCGAGCGUCAGCAGCCACCUGCCGGCUGAGCUGUGUGCAGCCUCGGUUUCCCGUCACUCAGGGCGGGGCUGGAGGAUCUGCCCCAGCAGGAGUUUGCUCAGGAGCGAGGUCACGCAAGCCCUGGCAGGCAGGCGGGGUCUUCAUCUGUCUGGAGAGCGGCGAGUCGCCGAAGGGAAGCAGCUCGGGAGGAGAGUGGCGUUCCGGAGCGUGGCAUCCUCUCUCCCCACGUCCCGCUCCCGUGGUGGCCACAGACGGGCCCUCGGGAGCAGCGGCAGUGGGCGCCCCGCCGUCCUGCCCCUCGAAGGACAGUAGGCAUCGUUUGCAGUGUUUGUUAGGAAAUCAUUUAUUUGCAAGACAAGGUUUCAACUUAGCCAAGGCAGGAAAGGCAGUUCCUGCCCCUUCCAAAGCACAGAACGAGGAAACGAGACCCUUGAAAUUGUGAGUGUCUGCGCUGGCAUUUAAGUCAUUAAAAAGAAGGUAU